CAAAAAAUAUAAUGUUUUACUACGCAGAUCUCUCCAGAUCGUCGAUUGUGGAGGUUUCACUUUGAAGUGUCAAAAUGACAUCCGUUUUAAUCAUUGCGGCACCUCUUGUUUUAAUUGCUAUCGGAAAAGUAAAUUCUGCAAGUAUUUCAAACAACUAUGGAUCUAAUAUCAGACUUCCUAUAGACUGCGGCGACAUUGAUAUCAAGAGAGGAAGUGGUGUGUACAAAAUAUAUCAGCAAGGAUAUGCCAUCAAUGUCUUCUGUGAUAUGGAAACAGAAAAUGUGGACGGAGGAUGGACAGUCUUUCAGCGAAGAAUUAAUGGUGAUGUAAACUUUUACAGAGGAUGGACUGAAUAUAAAGCAGGAUUUGGGACUCUAGAGAAAGAACAUUGGCUUGGAAACGACAAACUCCAUAAACUGACUGCCCAGGAUGAAUAUGAACUUUUGAUAACGAUGCAGGACUUUGGAAAUCAAAAGCGUUAUGCUAGAUAUUCAAACUUCAAAGUUGGUAAUGAAGCGACUAAGUUCAAUAUGACAUAUUCCAAAUUUACUGGAGAUGUUGGUGACUCCUUAAAGCAUCAAAACGGACAUGGCUUCACUACAAAAGAUCAAGAUAAUGACUCUAAUUCAGGAAACUGUGCUGUAAGUUAUAAAGGUGCCUGGUGGUACGGAACCUGUCACGAUUCCAACUUAAAUGGACAAUACCUAGGAGGUGAACACUCUUCUGAUGCUGAUGGUGUAAACUGGAACCAUUGGAAAGGCUAUCAUUACUCUCUUAAAGCAACAUCUAUGAUGCUACGUAGAAUGGAAUGAAACUGGUGAUUAAAUUCAAAUGAGCUGAACUAAACAUAUAUUUAAAUAAAUUAUGACUGAAGAAGAAGUAAACUUUAUAAGUGAUUUCUGAUAUAUUCGGGGUCUUAAUUUUCUAUCUGCUAGCAAUAUUGUUAUUUCUGACUUUCGACCUAAAAUACUGGCGCAAAUACUUGAUAUUAUGAUAGCUAAAGAGGACUUUUUAGCUUCGAAACACAUACUUGAUGAUUUAUACAGCAACAGAAAUUCCAUAGGCAGUAACAAUAUAAUGUUAAGAGAAAGUAAAUUUCCUGAGAACCUUUUUGCGACAUUUAAGUGCGUUUUAUAAUUUGUACUUCUAUCAGUUUGAUAUUUGAUUUGCGUUAUCUAAAAUAGUAUAAUAGUUUCAUGUUUGUGUUUCCGACAUUGAUAUCCAAUUCAACAUUGCUUGCAAAAUUUCAUCAUUAUCUGUGAGAUUGAUUAUUUUUGUUCCUUUAUAUUAAUAUAAAAAAAAAAUACGUCAAGCUUUCACAAGAAAAUUAAACAUCAUA